AUGUCGUUCAACCCAUCCACCGAUCAAACAGAGCCCUCUUUCACAGCUCCCUCUAGCGGUGGGGGUCAUAGUGCUGGAUCCGCACUCGGCUCCUCUACUUCCAGUCAGGGAACCUCGCGAGAUAAUCUGGGGUCGAUCACGGCUCUCGGGGACCGGGACUAUGAGGCCGAACUGACCACCCGAUGGGCUGCACUCAAUGGUCACGAAUUCAAACAGCGGCUCGUGAGCCAGUUCUUUGACCUGACCUUCGGUGUCGAAGAGUUUCGGCCUCUUUUCGAGGAUUCUGUGCUCGUCUGGUACAACGAACGAACCCGUGACAGUGAUAAUCUCCAGGAGAUGAUCUACCGCUUCAAAGCUUUCCAGCAUCAGAUCAACCAGAUGACCAAUCAUCGGGGUUUUGAUCAAAGGGAUGGUACGGUGUUUAAUUCAUGGGCCCUACCUGAUGGAGUGCCUCGCGAUUACGAGUACAUCAAUCACCGUCAUCCCGAACGCGGCCCGAUGACUCUGGAUCAAGCGUCAAAGGCGUCUUGCGAAGUAUCGAUCGCCGAUUCUCAACAAUCCAUCUCCACGACCGUAGAUACUGACAAGAUGGUUGAGGCCACUUUCAUUCCCAAGGGCUAUGAUCGCUCCAAGGACUACAAAGCGGGAUUUGUCGAAGAAUGGAACAAGUGCCGUCAUGAGCACAACAACGAUUACUUUAAUUUGGUCAAGAAGUAUUUUGAAUGGACAUUGGUAUGGGAUCGAGUGUACUACAGAGAGACUAUUGGCGCCAUUGUUCUCGAUCCACGGACCAGAUUUGUGCCUGAAGGCUACGACCGCUACAAGAACUACCGAACAGAGUUCAUGAAGGAAUGGGAUGGGUGCAAAUCUCAGAACAAUGAUGAAUACAAGACGUUGGUGGAUAAGUACAUGAGGUGGACAGUCGUCUGGACUGAGAGGUACUUCAGGCUUGCGACUUCCCCUAUUGUUCCCGGCCUGGAAGACCGAGACACUCAACUUCAGACCGUUCUACGGAAUUUGACAGCGAUAGAAGCACAACAGCAUGAGGACGGAAAGUUGGCGACUUCCACUUGGCAGGUAUUUGAAGAUGACGAGCUGGAGUGA